ACACCGAGUGAGGCUGCCACAAGGAGGCGUUGCUAGCUUAGCGCGAUCUGAUAUUUGCUCCCGUCGUCGCUCCCGCUUGACUCGCUCUGCCCGCUUCGCGUAAGCUUCAACGUUCAACCCCGUCUGCAUUUGCUUAGCUUUCUAACACAUCGAGUCCCCGAUCAACCCACUUGAAAGAUGGGAAGCUCCAUUGCAUACGCCUUGCUCGUGUUUGCGUAUCUACAACCACGCCUGGCAUGUUCAUUUGGAGAUGCACCAACCAAACGAAAGCGAUGUGAAGCAAUGGCGCGAGGCGCUGGUCCAGAGACCUCUGCUGCCGCUGCUUUGCACCGCGUUGCUGGCAUUGCUGGGGAAAAUGCUGUCGUCGCGGCUCCCUUGUCGCCUGUCACGAGCGGUCUAGCAAGCGUGACAGCGUUCUUGCUCGUAGCAAAGCGUGACGAGCCAUUGCAAGACGGAUUGUCGGACCUGAUCAGCGAGAUCGAGAGUGUUUGUGCCGGCUUCGUCUUAGGAGGAACGAUAGUCGUGCUGCAAUUUAAUGGCGCAGGCUCAAUUGCGACCCAGAUCGUACACUCAGCCACUCAUGCGCCAGCUCUUUUAGCGACCAGUCUCGUCCUGCACAAAAGCCCCAGCGAUGUCGAAGCACUUGCUCUGACAGUCGCGAGCAUUCUCGUCGCAUGGGCAAGGCCGCAGCUUCAGACAGCGCGACUCAUCCCAGCGUUGCAUUGGGUCUGCCACAUCAGCCAGUACACUACAAUGACCUCCCUCUGGCGCGCAAAGACCAGCAGCAGUCGAAAGACGAUGAUGCUCUCUGCUGCCUUUGGGUCGCUGUGUGCCUGCAUGAUCCUGUUCGCGCUCGAUGGCGGCAGGUCGAGCCUAGUCAGCGCCAAGAUCAUACCUCUAUGCGCGUGUCAGACAAUCUUGCUCUUCCUCACCGUCGACGCGGUCAAGUAUCUCGAUUCGCCUCUGAUACUGCAGCUUAUCGUCCCUUUCGAGCUGCUGCUGACGAUCGCAAUGUCAAAGCCCCUGUUUCUUGUUCCAGUCAUUUCUCUGAGCUUGGCAGCCUUGACAGCAGGAUGCCUCGGCAUCUAUGUCUUCUGCCGCAUGGAGCAACGAUCUGAUCAUAGGAUUCCAGAUAGUAUGGACGACAAUCCGCUGUUGCCAGCCGUCGACCAGGACGAGCACCCAAAAUCGACCGUGACUCUGGAGACUUCAAUGUCGAGCAAAUUACUGCUGCUCUGCUUGGCUAUCUUGUCAAUAUGGCCAUUGACGACGUGGUCGGUGCAUAAAGACGCGAGUUGUAAGCCGUUUCAGUGCGAACAGAUCUCGCUCGGUCGGUGGUGGCGACCGCCUGCUCGCGUGGCGCACGUCUCCCCUUCAGCGCCAGCGGCAUCGAAACGCAAAGCAUCACUACACGCAAAUACCGAGACUCUCGGCAGUAUUGAUCUUGUAGUGUCCUUCUACGACGAGUCGCCCAGCGAUGUCCUCACUGAGCUGACUUUCAUACGGUCACUGCUCCCGGCUGCAAAUCUGACAACAUACGUCUAUUCCAAGUCAGCCACCGCCAGUCUCGAAGAGCUGCGCGACACACUGGGUGCAGAUCAUGUUGCUUACUUGCCUAACGUCGGCCGCGAAGGAGGCACAUAUCUAGACCAUAUCAUCUCGCAUUACGAUCGCCAAGAUUUCGCUGAUCACACUCUCUUUACGCAAGCACAUCUCUCAUACCGCGAGAUAGCCGAACGCCGGCUGGGAGCCCUGCGCUCGUCGACAGAUUACCUACAUCUAGCGCCCUACGUACCCUCGGAAUGCGGACUUGACCAACGCGUCUGGUUCAUGCUGCCGAGACUACGAGAGAUCGUCAAUUACUUCAAUGCGGCGCCAAACUCGUUCUGUCAUGGCAGGCAGCUUGCGAGUUGGGCGGCACAAUUUAUCGUCAGCCGACGAAAGAUAAUGGCGCGAACGGUAGAGCAGUAUCAGACUAUCAACACGAUGAUCGGCGCUCCAGAAGCGCAUUGGAUAUACGCAGACCAUGUGCCCGAAGGCUGGGAUUGGGGCGGACAAGGCAACAAUCCGGGCAACAAUUACUUUGGUCACAGCUUGGAACGAGCUUGGCCUGUCAUCUUUGGCUGUGAUGACGUUCGGAUAGCCGACGAAUGUCCGGACGAAUCUGCUGAUCCCUUGCAGUGUCAGUGUUUGAAUACGUCAGUAUAGUGCUUGUUGCUAUCGGUAGAGGAC